AUGUUCAAGGCCCUAAUGGGCGGGGGCCGGUCGGCGUCCACCUCGGACGCCCGCAGCACAACCAGCUCCAGCUCCAAAACCAGCCGCCGCAAGACCGAUUCCAAGUCUGCCUCCAGCCGCAAAUCCUCACGGGGUGACGACCGUGACCGUGGCUUGGGCGACUUGUCGGCCUACGCUCAAUCUACCUCUGGCAGCAGGCGCGGCCCGCCCAGCGUCGCUGGCGAGUCUGUCGCAUCGACCUACGUAACCGCUGAGCCCGAUGCCAUUGAAUACCCUGAUCGGACGGUCGUUGAGCGUACCCCGAAGCGCAGAGACAGUGACCGCGACAGCAAGAGCUCACGCCGCCGCGAGCGCGAUCGCUCCGAGAGCCGUGAGCGCGAGAAGAGAAGAUCGAGUCGUCGCAGUGGAGACGAUACCUACGACGAUGAUCAGGAUAGAGAGCGUGAGCGCGACCGUCGCGACCGGAGUCGCACAUACUCGGGGGACCAUCAUGUUCCGCCCAUCUCUACAACCAUGCCGUCCAGCGUCCCAGGCGCCCAGUUUGCCGCCGACAUUGCGGCCCCGGGAUUCUCGCAGUUCCCUAUGCAAAAUGACAAUGCGAUGCAGCCGCCUGUCACCACCGCGGGUUACUCGCCGGGACAUGAUACUUCACCCGCGCCCUUUGACCCCCACGUACAACAGCAGUUCCCUGGUCAAUUCCCGUCCGGUACCGCAGAACCUUAUUUCCCGCCCAAUAAUCCAGCAGGCGCCGCGGCAGACUACUAUGGCGAUCAAGGGCAGUCGGUCGGUGACCAACCGGGUGUUCGACCGCAGCAACCUGCCAUCAUUCCCAAUAGCCAAGCACACUUGAUGGCAGCAUCGCCCUCGGCCAACCCACCGCCCGAGCCUAGCAGCCUGGGCCAGGUUGGUGCGGCUGCUGCGUAUUUCACAGACGACAUUCCGCACAACGAAUCACCGGAUAAGCCGCCGGCAGGCUCAUCAUCAAAGCCCCCAAAGCCUGGUAAGCCGUCAAAGCCGUCGAAACCUAACAAGCCUUCCUCGUCGAGUGCUAUUCCCACAGCCGCCGCUGUAGCUGCAGCGGCAGCGACUUACGGAGUGGGCCACCAUGAACAGUCUCAAGCUGCCGCAGCUUAUCAGCAAGAAUCGUACUCUUCGACAACGGUUCAGCAAACCCACUCGUACUCGCAGCCGGCUCUGACAAGUACUUCCAAGCCUCCUCAUUCACAUGGCAUCGGAACUGGCAUUGGAAUGGCAGCCGCCGGUGCAGCAGCGGGCUACAUGAUAGGCCAUCAACAUCACGAAUCCAGCCCCACGCAUUCAUCGCAGUACACUUUCCAGAACUACGAGCAGUCCUCUCAUGGUAGUGUCCCUCCGUACGGUGCUGGCCCCAGCAACGCUAUGAUCGCAGCGGGUGCUGUUGGCGCUGCUGGAGCCGCUGGCUAUGCCGCCCAUAACCCUGGUUUCUACCCCCACGGUGGCCUUGCAGUUCAACACCGUCAUCGUGGGCCGCUUACAAAGUUUGUGGAUUUCUGGCGAGAUCCCGAGGGUGUGGGUCGGUUCGAAGACUAUACGGAAACCAUCGGUGUGUGCAAGUACUGCUUUGAGCCUGGAACCACCUCGAUGAAUGCACCUCGCAAACAUCAUUAUCAUGCGCGCCGCCAUUCUGCUGAUCGCUAUAGCAGUGGAAGUUCUUCACGAGUGAACAAGCUCAGCCGAUAUCAUUCCUCCGAGGACGAGCGGCGUAGUCGCAAGCGUUCAUCCAAGAAGUCCUCUUCCUGGCUCCCGGGUAUGCUGGCUGGCUAUGCGGCCAAGUCAAUUUUCACUGGCAGGAACUUUGAUGACUCUUACAGCGUUCACUCAGGCCAUGUCUCUGGUGAUCGAGUUUCGUCAUAUGACCGAGAAGACGAUCGGAGGAGCUACACUUCUCGAGGCGUUGUUCGUCGCUCUGGUCACAGCCCUCCGCGCGAGUAUCACUCCGACAGCAAGCAUACCCGACGGACGCGCUCUCGCUCACGAUCAUCAUCCCGUUCUGGUCACCACUCCUUUGUGAAAGAGGCAGCUCUGGGUGCAGCUGUUGGUGGUGCAGCUCUCGCAGUUGCGAAGUCAAGUCGUCGUUCCCGCAGUCGCUCGCCUUCUCAGGUUCAGCGUCGCAAGGAUUCCUCAUCUAGCACUUCAUUUAUGGAUGUCUCGCGACCUUCUGCAAAGUCUGUUGCUGGAUUUACGUCAUUCUUCACAGCCUCAUCUGAGAACCGCAAAAAGGAGAAAAAGAAGCAGCGUUCUAAAAAGUCAAGAAGCUUUUUCUCCUUCAAUAGCUCGUCUUCCUCUUCUCUUGAUGCAGAUCUGGCCUUUGGAAGCGGUUUUGCAAAGAAGUCAUCCAAGCUCCAGAAGAAGAAGAAAGGCAAGAAGACUGAGGAUGUGGAUGCUGCUCUGCUCGGACUGGGAGCGACGGCGACUGCUCUUGCCGCUUCGUCUCACUUCCGCAACAGCCGUAGUACCGGCCAGAUGAUGGCUGCCAGAGAUACUCGUCACAAUAAUUACACUUCCUCAGCAACCAAUGAGGACGACGAGUGGGUCGAUGCCGAGUCAGAGGAUCAGUCCUCGGCGAGUGUCAGCUCUGCCUUGGCCUUUGGAGCAAGCAGUGCCGAGUCUGGAUCUGACUCGAACAGCAGUGGCGGGUGGAAGUGGGGAUGGGGCAACAAGAAGAAAAAGAAGGACAAGAAAUCUUCCAAGAUGGACGCCGCCCUGGCGGCUGGGGCUGGUGCUCUGGGCGGUGCCGCCAUUGCUUCGGUUGCGCGCCACCGCGACAGUCGCCCUCCAAGCGAAGCUGGAAGUCUUCAGCAGGUUUACCCCGUGCCCACCUCUGAUCCUUCCCGUUUCGAUGUCGCUAAGAUUUCUUCCUCUGUGGCUUCUGGCGGUCAACCACCUCUCGUUCGCCCUGGUCCUAUUCCCUUGCAACAGCCCCAGCCCUACACUCCCGUUUCCCAGGCCGUGUACACCACCCAAGGAAGCUUGCCUGGGUCGAUUCCCGCCUACAGCCCUGGUGCUGUUCCUCCCAUCUUUGCCAAUGAGUACGAGCAGUAUAAUGAGCAAUUCCAGGGCUCCCGAGAUGCUUCUUACAUCCGUGACGAUGCCAGCUUCAUUGAGCGCCGCAAGCCGCACCGGAGCGACUCUUCGCCUGUCUUUCCUACGCAGGAGAGUAUAGUGUCAGCCCCCAAGCGCCGAUCUACGACCCGUGAUCAAGCCUCUGUGUCUUUCGAUCUGACUGAGGAGCAAGUCGAACGUGAGCGCCGCCUUGACAAACGCGAGCGAAGAUCACAGGAUGAUUUCCGGGAAGAGCCUGUGCAAUUAGUUGAUCAUGAAGAGGAGCUUACUCGUGAAGAGGCUGAACGUCGUGAGCGCCGAGAGCGCCGCAAGUACCGCGAAGAGGAAAAACGUCGCAAUGUUAGCGAUAAGGAGAAGGAUUCCUCUUCUUGGGUCGAGGCAGCUGCCAUUGGAGCCAUCGGCGCUGCCGCCGCUAGUUCCAUCGUCUCUUCCCGCAAGAAGCACGACGAGGACGUCUCCGAAGUUACCUCACGACACCGGGACCGCCGUGCUGAACGUCGCGCUGAACGACGAGGCGACUCGUCGGUCAUCUCAAAGUCUGACGUUCCCGAGCCAAUUGAGGAGAAGGUCUCGUCAGUGUCCAGGGACAGCCGCGAGAAUUCCUCUUCUCCUUCUCGAAAGUCUCCCCGCCCAGCUCCCGUGCACGAAGACUACGCUGAAUUCUUCGCCCCCGAGGAAGUUCGUCACAGCCCCGACCAACAUUCGCGUGACCGAGACCACAGUCGUGACUCCAGCACGCCCGAGAUAGUGGAAGUUGUGCCCGCCAGCGAGCGAGAGAAAAAUAAUGACGAGCCCCGUGACGACUUGCCGCAAUUUGCGCAAGAACCUUAUGAAGGUCGUGACCAUCUCCCGUGGCCGGUCCCACGGCUGAACUUCAUCGACCCUACCCCUCCGGCGAGCGUGAACGGCUCUGUCCGCGCGAACUCGCCGCUUGUUACCCCAGUUGAGCCUGUUCGCGAAGAAGAACCCAAGGAACGUGAAUAUCAGCGCGAGCCCGAUCCGGAGCCGGAACACGAGCCUGAACGCGAAUGGCAACGACCCUCGACUGGCUCGCGGGUCUCCUGGGGACCGCACCAGACCCAUGAAUAUGAGAUUCCAUCUUCAUCCGAGCAAGACCCACACUCCCCAAUUGAAGAAAUCAGCAGAGAUCUGUCCAUGACAGAGGUUGAGGAGGAGCAGUCCAAGGAUGUCCGUGAGAAGAUCGAUUUUGGUAAUGACAUCGAAUUUGCUGCUAUUGCUGCUGCUGGGGCCCAAGCAGCUGGCUUUGAUCCCUCCGUCGUCCUCAAUGACCCGACUUACCACACUCGCACCUCGCCACCUGGGUCGGAGGACGAGGAUACGUUCUCCCCUCAUUCAAAGUGGGCUGUUCCCCCUCAACCAGAGCAGUCUCAUGGAUUUGUCGAAGGCGAGAUUGAUAGCUAUACGCCGAGCAAAUCCCGGGAUAUUGAGCCAUCCGUUGAACACGUCAUCGAAGAGAAGCCCUUCUACGCCGAACCGGAAACGUUCACCUCAGACAAGGAUAUGUCGUCUCCCAAGCGGCGAGACCGCGGCUCAAUCGCCCAAGAGGUCAUCGAGCAAUUGAACGGGAAGAGUCCACGCUCUGGCUCUCCCGAAGAUGAUGUCUUCUCCAUGCCCGGCGGCUUCGAGAGUGUUGACGUCCCUCGCGAUGUUUCUCGUGAUGAUUCCCGCUCGGUGGUCUCCGCCCCACCCGAGCGUGAGUCUGAGAAAAGCAGGUCCAAGAAGUCGCGUCGCAGCGGUGAUGAUUUCAAGUUCCCCCGUGAGAUUUCUUCGCGUGAGCGUGAUGCUGUCUCGCCACCCGAGGAGGUCGAGGAGAAGGCCGAUGAACAGAAGACACACCGCAAGCAUCGUUCCAAGCACGGCGACAGUGAUUCUUUUUCGGUAGAUGACGACGCCAGAUCUGCAAUCACCUCUGUCGAUGACUUGGAUAAGUCUGAGAGACGUAAACAUCGCCACCGCUCGUCGCGCGAUAAGGACUUUGAUGACACUGCCUCCAUCGCGUCCUCCCCCGCCGGUGCUUAUGAGAAUGACGAGAAGUCCGAGCGACGCAAGCGCCGCUCCAAGCGUGAUAGUGAUGCUUUCUCUGUGAACGAUGACGCCAGAUCUGCUAUCACUUCCAUUGGCGAUGUUGACAAGUCUGAACGACGCAAGCAUCGCCAUCGUUCCUCGCGUGAUAGAGACUUUGAUGACAAUGCAUCGGUCACGUCUUCUCCUGCCCGAAUUGAUGAGACCCGUGAGAAGCGCCGGAGCAAGGAUAGCAAGGAUGAGAAGGAGAAAGACAAGAGCGGGGGCAUCAUACGCAGCAUCUUUGGCUCACGAGUGUCUGCCCCCGAGGGUCGUACUCAGUCCAAUCAAUCUUCUCGAUCAUCCUCUCUAGAGAAGCGCCCUUCUCGUGAAGCUGUGUCUGAAGCUGGUGUUGAUGAGGAGAGACGCCGCCGCAAGAAGCGCUCUUCCAGACAUCGCAGCUCAAGUGGAGAUGACAAGGUGGAGGAUGAUGCCUCGGACAAAGAGGGAAGUGUUCCGGAUGACAGGGAUCUCGAAGAGUAUAGGUCUCAACGGCAGCAGAAGGAGGAGCGUCGUCGACACAAAUACGAGGAGAUUGUGGAAUCGGGAAAACGUCGGGAAUCUGAGAAGGUAUAG